UAUUAAUCCUUUGGCUAGAAAAAGAAAAAAAAAAGGAGUCCACUCACCAAGAAAUCCAAAAUGGGGGCUCUAAGGCUACCCGCUUUAACUUCAUUCUUCACUGUCAGGUCGCCGGCGCCGGCCAUAAAACAGCGUCUCCGGUUACCUCUCCGGCGACCUUUCUCCACGGCCGAGAAAGUGGUGGGUGCAGUUGUUGAUAAAGAGAAAGAGAAAGAGAGAGUGAUAACACCACGUUCAGAGGAUUUUAAUGCUUGGUAUUUGGAUGUAAUUGCUAAUGCUGAGCUUGCUGAUUAUGGACCUGUUCGUGGUACUAUGGUUAUUAGACCCUAUGGUUAUGCUAUUUGGGAAGCUAUACAGGAGUACAUGAAUGUGAAGUUUAAAGAAACUGGACACAGUAACAUGUAUUUCCCUCAGUUUAUACCAUAUUCCUUCAUUGAGAAAGAAGCUAGUCAUGUUGAGGGUUUCAGUCCAGAAUUAGCUCUCGUUACUGUUGGAGGAGGAAAAGAACUUGAAGAAAAGCUUGUGGUCAGACCUACUAGUGAAACAAUUGUGAAUCAUAUGUUUACUCAAUGGAUUCAUAGUUACCGUGACCUUCCUCUCAUGAUCAAUCAGUGGGCAAAUGUCACGAGAUGGGAGAUGCGAACCAAACCAUUUAUUAGGACGCUUGAAUUUCUUUGGCAGGAGGGCCAUACUGCCCAUGCCACUGCAGAAGAAGCAGAAAAAGAGGCAAUGCAGAUGAUCGAUGUAUAUACGAAAUUUGCUUAUGAGCAAGCUGCAAUACCUGUUAUUGCAGGUAGGAAAUCGAGGGUGGAGACGUUUGCCGGUGCUUCAACGACCUAUACAAUUGAAGCAAUGAUGGGGGAUAGGAAAGCUUUACAGGCGGGCACAAGCCACAACCUGGGUCAGAAUUUUUCCCGUGCAUUUGGAACACAGUUCACAGAUGAAAAUGGGCUACGACAACAUGUCUGGCAGACAUCAUGGGCAAUUAGCACUCGCUUUGUGGGAGGUAUCAUCAUGACACAUGGGGAUGACGCUGGCUUACUGCUGCCCCCAAGGCUGGCUCCUGUGCAGGUCGUUAUUGUCCCAAUAUGGAAGAAGGACAAUGAGAAGACAGGAGUUUUGACUGCUUCAUCAUCCGUGAAAGAAACUUUACAAGCUGCAGGGAUAAAAGUGAAGAUUGAUGACUCUGAUCAGAGAACACCUGGAUGGAAAUUUAACUACUAUGAAAUGAAGGGAGUCCCUUUGAGGAUUGAAAUUGGCCCGCGAGAUGUAUCAAGUGGAACUGUGGUCAUCUCUAGAAGAGAUGUUCCUGGAAAGCAAGGGAAAGUUUUUGGAAUAUCCAUGGAGCCUUCAGCCCUGGUGGCUUACGUCAAAGACAAGUUGAAUGAGGUCCAAUCAUCGCUUUUGGAAAGGGCAACAACUUUUCGUGACAGUAACAUUGUGGACGUGUAUUCAUAUAAUGAGCUUAAGGAGGCAAUAGCUCAAGGAAAAUGGGCCAGGGGGCCUUGGUCAGCUGGUGACGAGGAAGAAUUGAAGGUGAAAGAAGAAACAGGGGCAACCAUUAGAUGUUUCCCUUUUGAGCAGCCUGAGGAACCAAUGAAGUGCUUGAUGACGGGCAAUUCAGCAGAUGAAGUUGCAAUAUUUGCCAAAUCUUAUUAGCAACUUCUGUCCAUGGUGAUUCUUGCUAAAUUGCAUCAACAGAAAUUUUUCGUUUUAGUUUGAGAUUUAA